CCAGUCCGCAGGUGUCGAUGGCGGCCGCCGUGCUGACGGACCCGGAGCAGGGGAAAGUGAACUUUGAGGACGUGUUCGUGUACUUCUCCCAGGAGGAGUGGGGGCUCCUUGAUGAGGCUCAGAGGCUCCUGUACCGCGAAGUGAUGCUGGAGAACUUUGCCCUUAUGGCCUCAUUGGGUUGUUCGCAUGGAAUGGAGGAGGAGGAGAUACAUUUUGAGCAGAGCGUUUCUGUAAAAGGAGUGUCACAGGUCAUGAUUCCUAAGACGAUUCCGUCUUCCCAGAAGGCCCACCCCUGUGAGACAUGUGGCCCGAUCUUGAAAGAUGUUUUGUACUUGGCUGAGCACCAGGAAACACACCCUGGGCAAAAACCAUACAUAUGUGUGGCAUGUGGGAAACAACUCUGGUUCAGUGCAAACCUUCACCACCAGAAGCAGCACAGUGGAGAGAAACCCUGCAGAAGGGAUGAGGGUAGGGCCUUUCUUGUGAAUGGCUGCUCUGUCCAGUCAUUGGACAUGCACUUUACCACAGGGGAGGGUUGUAAGGACUUCCCAGCUAGCUCAAGCAUGUUCCAGCACCAUGCCCUUCUUAGUAAGUGGAAGCCACAAAGUAAUACCAAGUAUGCAGAGGCCUUUCACAGUGGACAAAGGCAUUACAAGUGCAAUGAAUGUGGGAAAGCCUUCAGCCGCAAAGACUCACUUGUUCAGCACCAGAGAGUUCACACUGGAGAAAGGCCUUAUGAGUGCAGUGAGUGUGGGAAAACUUUCAGCCGCAAACCCAUACUUGCGCAGCACCAGAGGAUCCACACUGGAGAAAUGCCUUACGAGUGUGGCAUAUGUGGAAAAGUUUUUAAUCAUAGCUCUAACCUUAUUGUACACCAGAGAGUCCAUACUGGAGCAAGGCCUUACAAAUGCAGUGAAUGUGGGAAAGCCUACAGUCACAAAUCCACACUUGUUCAGCAUGAGAGUAUCCAUACUGGAGAAAGGCCUUAUGAGUGCAGCGAAUGUGGGAAAUACUUUGGUCACAAAUACAGACUCAUUAAGCACUGGAGCGUUCAUACUGGGGCAAGGCCUUAUGAGUGCAUUGCAUGUGGGAAGUUCUUCAGCCAAAGUUCCGACCUUAUUGCACACCAGAGAGUUCACAAUGGCGAAAAGCCGUAUGUGUGCAGUGAGUGUGGAAAAGCCUUUAGCCACAAACAUGUGCUUGUUCAGCACCAUAGAAUCCACACUGGAGAAAGACCGUAUAAGUGCAGUGAGUGUGGGAAGGCCUUCAGGCAAAGGGCUUCCCUCAUCAGACACUGGAAAGUUCAUGCUGGAGAAAGGCCUUAGGAUAGCAGGGAAUAUGCCAUAGUGGGUGACACCAGAGAGAAGCUCUAAGAGUAGCCUAUGUGAGUAGCCAUCAGCUGGAAGAUGAGUCUCAUACAUUUGAACUCCAACCCUGAGGAGAUUCUUCUGUGUGCCAGCUAUAUGGGAAGGUUUCUGGAGCAAUAUUGCACUUUGUAACAUGCCUUUGUUCACUGUGAGAGGCCUCUGCACACUUGCCAGAAGCAUAUCACUGCCAGUGUCUCUGAAAGAAUCUAUAUGUCUGUGCAACAGCAGGGUGCCACGUUGUGCAUAAGUCACCCCAGCGUGCUUUGAUGGGCAAGAUCUCUGCUCUUCCUCCCUUCCCUGGUGGGAAUCAUCGGUAGCCUGAGCCCAUUGAAGAUCCUCACUCCUUCCUGCCCCCCUACUGGUUAAGCAUGGAUGUGACCCAAUUUUGUCCAGAAGAACAUAAGCUUUGUUCUGCUGGCUGCUUGCAGAGAUUUCCAUUUUUCAGACUUUAUUGGUCUCAUGUGGCACUCGUGAUGGAUUUGUCCAGCCCCCAAGUCACCUAACUUGGGAAUUGUCUGCCUCAUAUUCUUCUGGGUUUGCAACAAAUGCCUUAGUUUUAAACUACCUUUAAUCCUGGGAAUUCUGUUCACUUUGUGGGUUGAGUUGAGAACAGAAUUGGGCUCUGCCAGCCUGAAAGAAUGUACAGCUUGUGUGAGAGGUCCAACUGUUGUGUCUCAGUGGUAUUUGCAGAAUGGUGAAGAAAGAACAGCUCUUAUUCUAGUUUCAGUCUAAUUUGCAUUGCUACUCAAGGCCUCCUAGGAAAGAAUACCAAUCUUUGCAGGCCUAAUCAUGUGUCCUGUAUGCCAAGAUGAUUUGUGUGACCAAGGUCUUCUUGAGCAGUGGGCAUUUGUCAUGACAACUUCUGAUGUGCCUGGGAGCAGCAUGAAUUGGGUCCCUUGUUCCUAGGGAAUGCUUCAUAUUCCCCAGCCCUUUUUAGUAGAGUUUGAUUCCCUGGGACCUACCAGCAUCCCUGAAAUCUGUUAUUUGGUAGGCAGAUGUCACUGUCCCCUAAAAGGGCAUCUGAUAAAUAGGAAGUUGGGAGACUAGCCAACUAUAGGUUAUAUAACUCUUCUAAAGGCAUAUCCACAAAUGUUUCCAUCACUGUGACUUUGGUAUGAGAGUUUAUGGAAAUUCUUAGGACUCAUAUUUGUGUCUCAUAAUCUUAUGGCUACAGUUAUAGUCUGAGCAAUCUAAACAUUUUCUAUAGUUGCUCAUAUUUAUAGUGUGUAUAAUUUGGUAAGUUUUGAUACAUGUUUGCACCUUUGUAACCAAGUUUCCUGAUUCCUUUUAUAAUACCUCUCACCCUCACCCAUUCCCAGGCAACCACUCAUCUUGUUUUCUGUCAUUGUAAAUCUGUUUGGAUUUCUUAGAAUUUUAAGUGUGUGUGUGU